CGUCUCGGGCGGCGCGCCGUCCCAUAAGACCCCGCGGCACCGCCCAGUUGAUCUCUUCCCCGCCCCCAUCAUGGCGCAAGACCAAGGUGAGAAGGAGAACCCCAUGCGGGAGCUGCGCAUCCGCAAGCUCUGCCUCAACAUCUGCGUCGGGGAGAGCGGGGACAGGCUCACCCGGGCGGCCAAAGUGCUGGAGCAGCUGACGGGCCAGACCCCUGUCUUCUCUAAAGCACGGUACACUGUAAGAUCCUUUGGAAUCAGGAGAAAUGAGAAGAUUGCUGUUCAUUGCACGGUUCGUGGGGCCAAAGCAGAGGAGAUUCUGGAGAAGGGGUUGAAGGUGCGAGAAUACGAGUUGAGAAAAAAUAACUUCUCAGACACCGGGAACUUUGGCUUUGGAAUCCAGGAGCACAUCGAUUUGGGAAUUAAAUAUGAUCCCAGUAUUGGUAUCUACGGCUUGGACUUUUAUGUGGUGCUCGGCAGGCCUGGUUUCAGCAUUGCUGACAAGAAACGCAGAACUGGCAACAUUGGAGCCAAGCACAGAAUUGGAAAGGAAGAAGCCAUGCGCUGGUUUCAGCAAAAGUAUGAUGGUAUCAUCCUUCCUGGUAAAUGAGCAGUUCCUGAUAAACCAGCAGUUCGUGUUACGAAAAAAAAUAAAAUUUUCUAACCCCUAA